GCAGCCUCAGGGAACUGUCCCGUCUGGAGCUUGGGACCCGCAGAGGCAGGCGGCCGCAAGAUUCCCCGCUGCAGCUCCCAGCCUCGAGAUAGGAGCACCAUGCAGGGCUGGAGGACUCUGAGGAGGAUGUGAGGCCUGGACAUACUGUCAGCACCUCCCACGACAGCGCCGGUUCUCCCUGCCUGAUCCCGCGUCGGGGGCCGAGGGGGAAUGGGCCCAGCCUCGCUGCAGGAGGAGAGAGAGCCGGAGAAAGGGCCCAAAGAGGAGAUGGAGAGCUACCGCUACCUUCUGCAGGCCGGCUCCCAGCUGGAGAGCACUCUGCAGCAGGUGACUGUCCCUGUAAGCCUGAAGGAGGUGGGAGGAUACAUAGAGAAACAGGUGGCGUACCUGUCAGGGGGCCGCGGGGAAGACUCCAGCGUCAUCAUCACCCUCCCAGAAUGCUCGGCUUUCAGUGACAUUCCAGAGGAAGCUUUGGCCAAAGUCUUUACAUACCUCACUCUCAUCCCUCGCACGAGGCAACCCGGAGUAAAAUUCAUCAUCAUCUUAGACCGAAGACUGGACACAUGGGCCUCUAUCAAAACUGCACUUGCCAGGAUAGCAGCUUCCUUCCCUGGGAACCUCCACCUGGUCCUGGUGCUCCGACCCACCAGCUUCUUCCACCGCACUGUUACUGAUAUUGGCUUUCGCUUCAGCCAAGAGGACUUCAUGCUCAAGAUGCCAGUGGUGAUGCUGAGCUCCGUCACAGACCUGCUGCGCUACAUCGAUGAGAACCAGCUGACUUCAGAGUUUGGUGGCACUUUGGACUAUUGUCAUAGCGACUGGAUUGUUUUACGAACAGCUAUUGAAAGUUUUGCUGUAACAGUCAAAGACAUUGCACAGAUGCUGCAGGGCUUCGGCACUGAGCUGGCAGAGACAGACCUGCCUGAUGAGGGGAAAGCCAUUGAGUCUCUCCUUCAGUCUCACACUGACAAGUACAGGAGCCUCAAAGAUGCAAUCAGGUCGGUGUCAAAGGAGGGUCGUCAUCUCCUCUUGAGCCUGGAGACGUCUGGGAAGGAGGAUGACUCCCAGUGGGAUGUGAGGCUGGACUGGGAGACUGUUCAGAGGCUUCUUGCACAGCUCAGAGACAUGGAGUCUGCCUUCGAUGGCUUCUUUGAGAAGCAUCAUCUAAAACUCCAUCAGUACCUGCAGCUGCUCAGAUACGAGCAAAGCUUUCAGGAGAUGGAGAUGUGUCUGGACCACCUGAUGGCUCAGGAGAGGGAGCUGCCGGUAUCUGUUGACACUCUGGCUCAAACAGAACAGGCUCUCAAAAGGUUGGACAGUCUGGAAUCAAAUGCACAGGAGGUGAUGGCUCGAGCUCAGAUCAUCAUACUUCACGGACACCAGCUGUCAGCCGGUCACCACUACGCCAUGGCUCUUAUUAUGCAGCGCUGCAACGAGCUUCGCCACUACUGUGAUACACUCAAUGCUGCUCUCAAGACCAAACACACUCGUCUCCUGCAAACACACCAGCUGCUGCUUUGCCUUGGGCAGGCCAAAACUUGGUGUGAUGAUGCUGCAUACCUGCUGGCCAAUCAGCUGGUAGAUAAGUUCCAGUCUAAGGAGGGGGCCCAGGCUGCUCUGAGGGACAUUGAGAGGUUCCUGGAGGGGGCGCCGUCUGUGCUCAGCUCAGGACCGGACAUCCUGGCCAUAGAGUACGAGGCUGCCAUCACACCUCAGCUGCAGGCUCACAUAGGGGAAACAUUUGCGAAGCAUGCAGCAGUGCAGCAGAUGAUCCAGAACCGACAGGCUUGUCUCAGGAAGCUGGCUGACAAACAUGUGCGACCGGUCCAACUGGUGGCCCCCAGGCCUGAAAACCCACCACGCUCCAAGUCCCCGCUCUUCUCCCCCAAGCACGGGGAGGGUUUGAAGUUCACAUUCGACCUCUCUCUGCCUGGGAAGAGAGCCUCCCGAAAGAGCCCAAACCCGAGAAAAAUAGAGGUGAUCCACGACUACCAGGAGAGCCGGAGCUGUGUGUCGUACAGUCUGGAGGGAGAGGACAGCCCAGAUCUGUUGAAGCGUCAUGUGAUGAGGGAACUCAUAGAGACAGAAAGAAUCUAUGUGGAAGAGCUGCUCUCAGUUCUGCUGGGUUACAGGGCUGAGAUGGACAACCCAGCUCUGUCAGGGCUUCUGCCGCCGAUCCUGCGCAGCAAGAGAGACAUCCUCUUUGGAAACAUGGCUGAGAUCUACAAUUUUCACAGCAGGGUCUUCCUUCAGGACCUGGAAGGAUGCCUGGAGGCUCCUGAAGGAGUGGGAGCUUGUUUUCUGCAGCGGAAAGAGAGUUUCCAAAUGUAUGAAUGCUACUGUCAGAAUAAGCCCCGCUCUGAGGCGCUGUGGAGACAAUUCUCAGACUGUGCUUUCUUUCAGGAGUGUCAAAAAAAGCUGGAGCACAAACUGGGCCUGGAUUCCUACCUGCUGAAACCAGUCCAACGCCUCACCAAAUACCAGCUGCUGCUGAAGGAACUUCUGAAAUACAGCGCAGAUUGCGAGGGGACUUCUGAGCUGCAGGGGGCGCUAACAGCAAUGCUGGACCUGCUCAAGUCAGUCAAUGACUCCAUGCAUCAGAUAGCCAUCACAGGAUAUGAGGGUGACAUUUGCGAGCUGGGCCGCGUGCUGAUGCAGGGUUCAUUCAGCGUGUGGAUCAGCCACAAGAGGGGUCCCACGCGCAUGAAGGAGCUGGCUCGCUUCAAGCCAAUGCAGAGGCACCUCUUCCUGUACGAGAGAGCCCUGCUCUUCUGCAAGCGCAGGGAGGAGCAUGGAGACGGCUGCGACAAGACCCCCUCGUACAGCUUCAAGCACUGUCUGAAGAUGACUGCUGUGGGGAUCACAGAGAACGUCAAGGGAGAUGUGAAGAAGUUUGAGAUCUGGUACAGUGGCAGGGAGGAAGUGUACGUGGUUCAGGCUCCUACAGUGGAAGUGAAGAUGGCCUGGCUCAAUGAGCUUCGCAGGAUCCUGACCAACCAGCAGAAGCUGCUCAGAGAUGAAGCAUACCAGCACGGUCAAAUGGUUGGACACAUGCAGCUUUCUCCGUCGCUCUCCGAGAGCAAGCAGCAGAGGGCGUCAGUGAGCUCAGAGGACACCGAGUCCGGGAGGAGCAGUCCAGACCCCCAGCCUCACUCCCCUAAACACCAGCACAACCGCAGGAGCUGGCCCGGAGCUCAUCACUCGGUAGACAUCUGCGAGGGUCUGGAGGAGUGGCCUGGAGGUCGGGACGCCUUCCACCCAUCUGACACAGAGGAGGAGGUUUCGGUGCAACUGUCUCCAGGCAGAUACAUGGCUUCAGCUGACUGUCUACAAAACGGACCAGACAGCAUCGCCAUCAAAUGCGGAGACGUCAUCCAACUGCAGUGUGAAGACAACAAGGGACGAUGGGUGGUGAAAAAUCUGAGUCGGCGACAGGAGGGGCUCAUAGCGGCUGCCAGCCUGCGCCUGAUUAUAGGAGACAGCAGUCGAGGACACUCCUCCAGACUAGGGGACUCGGGGAACCUGAAGGCGAGAAAGCUCAGCUCCCCGUAGAGAAGAAAAGCACAGAAUGUGAAUCUAAUAUUUACCUGUGGAUGGGGAACCGACAGAAGGAGCAGAUUGAGCCAUAGCUGUCCCACACCUCACUCCCCGGUCUGCUUUCUCCAGCACAGUUCAAUCAUUCAGAGAGAAAAACGUGGGAAUCUGCACACCUGAUUUUCUGCCAGGUUUUGACUGACGACCUCCUGAGGAUGGCGUUUUCUGAUCGCGCACAAAGGCUCAGGCACUGUUUAGCCCUCUUGGACAAUCAACAGCCGAUCCCCGGGUCCCAAUUGGUCUUCCCUCUUUUCUGAUUGAGCAUCUUGUCCUUCUGGCGCUCUCAUCUGCAGCAUUUCACAAUCAGUGGACAUCUGUGAAACAUUUUUCAACCCUUCAUCAUUCCAGCUCGUACCUGAGAUGAUAGCAUCACCGAGUGCGUGUUCCUGUUCGUGUCUGGGUGGAUGGUACCGCAGGACUUGCCUGAAACAUUUCUUAAAGCAGAGACUUUUGUACAUAUAUACGGUAUCAUUUUUAACAUUUAGUGUACCUCAGUGUGUGUCAUUAGGCAACUCUUUCCAUUGAACCACGUCAUUGUAUUUUUCUUACAUUUCAUUCCUCGAGGCACUGUUCUUGUGUACAGUCUAGGAGUUAAAAUGCCAAAAUGUGCCAUGCCAUAAUGCCUUUUUUUAAUUCCUGCUCUUUGAGUCUCUUGUAUGUACUGUUUGCAAAAUCAAAUGCUCUGUUAUUGCUUCAACCUUGACCUCACAAAUAUUCAACAGGCACUUUAAUAAGGUGGAUGAGACAAAGAAAACAAAAAACAAAUCCACCGCUCGUCUACUGAAUGUGUGCUUCGCUUGCCGCUUUACCUCUCUUACUGCGCAAUUCCCCUUAUUCAUACUGUUAUUUCCUUUGUUUAUUCUUGGAUGUGCGAUGCAUUCUGGAGGAAGGGGAGAUGUACCCCCUGCAUGCAGGCAGCAGUUGACAUGUCAGUGAUUGUAAUGUAAGACACAGGCAGACAUGAUGGAGAUUGAUGGGAGUGUAUUCCUCAGCGUGUGCCAUAGAGGAGCGGGAGGCCUGCGCCACGGAGCACCAAACGCUGUCAUUCUCCUCAGGAUCUUUGGGGAGCCCACUGUCAGUCACGGCUCAGAGAAGGGAGAGCGGGGAGUAAAAGAAAGAAGAGAGAGAGAGAGAGAGAGAGAGAGAGAGAGAGAGAUUAAGCUCUGUGUACACCGCCAUCACGGAGGCAGAUUGUUUCCUCCUCACCAUUACAGCUCAGUUAAUCUCGGGUUCCCCAUUAAAAGGGAUCAUACAGCCAACAUGAAAUAUACCCUCUGUGUCGAACGCUUAAUUAAAUAUUGAUUGCAGACUUAUAUGAAUUUACCACAUCAAAUCGAGGCAUCAGUCGGCGGGCUGCCUUUGAUUCGCUGUGUUUGAUAUGGAAAUGAGUCUAGAAAGCAGCAGGGGCUGCUGCACUACACAUUUCCUAUGUUGUUAAUUUAUUUAUUUUGCUGUCAUGUUGUUCCUUCACAUUGUGAGGUAUCUGUGCAGCCCCGAAUGAAAUUACAUCUCCAUAUAUUUACAGGAGCUACGCUUGACUUGCACAUCAAAACCCAGUUUUUUUCCUUCGUAGCUUACAUGACAAAAUCAGAUGGUUUCUUUGUAAUUUUGAUCCAAAAUGCUGCAGAAUUUGCACAGUUUUUCCAGGUUGGAAAACAAAAGAAACCUGCUUGAAAUAUUAUGAAUCCUGAUGAGCCAAGUAGCCUGAGUUUGUUGCUGAGUGAUUCUUUAAAAUGCAUGGCAACUGAAGAACGAGCAGGUUUGUAUUGUUAGACAGUCACUGUUCUAAACUGGCUUCUUUUUGUACAGCUUCAGUUCUGUCAAACACAAUCAAAUAAAAAUAAAAGUAUUUAUUGCAAUAUUUGUUUUGUUUCUUAAAAUAAUUCUAUACUUGUUUUAACACGGCGUUUCGUUUGGCUGAGAACGAAGGCUGCUCUCUUUCAUGCAAUCUGAUUUAACCCAUCAUUCCUGUACUCUUGUUUUAAUGGAAGACAAUUUAUAUAAUAAAACUGUGCAGACUUGA